CAACUAAUCACAGUGGUUGCACAGGCCAUGUGGCCUUCCUUGAAAAUGUGGUGGGGCAAGAGGUAAUUUGAAAUAUUUUGGAAAUAGUUGCAUGACAGGUCGUCUGCAAGAGUGCGAACUGCGGGUACGUACCUGUAAAUACCAGUGAAGAAGAGAAGUUGAACAAGUUGUUACAGAAGCAAGAGAAACCUCAAGGAGCCCCCAAAUAGAUUGUGAAUGAACGGAUAUGAUUUACAAAAUUAAAUACUUAGAAACACUAUUGCUGGUGAUAAUCAGUAUUAAUAUCAGUAUUAAUAUUAAUAUCCGAGAAAUCGAGGAGACAGAGGAAGUGCACACUCUAUAAAGAUGAUUCACUUUAUUAUAUAAACGUAUUGUGCCCCAAUUUGUUGGUUUAUUCCUGUUUUCCCGUCUGGCAUUAUCAAAAUGGAUAAAUUCCAAUAUAAUGAGCAAUCUCACGAACUCUUCGUCAAGAGAGAAACCGAAUACAAGCCAAACCCAGGAGGUCUCGGCAAAUACUAUGAUCGACUCAUUCAAAUCGCCACCCAAGAUGAAACCAUUGUUGCUCAGAUUGAUGCUGCAACAGGCACAACACAAACUUUCAAAGAACUUCUGGAUGCAUCAAAAAAACUAGCGCAAUACAUGCGUUCAGUUGGAAUAAAACCAGGAGACAACAUUGCAAUGUGUUCAUACAAUCACAUAAACAGUGAAGUUGUAAUUGUUGCUGCAUUAUUUGUUGGUGCAGUCAUGUCCUCAACUGAUCCAAUGCUAUCACUGGAAGAUUCAAAACAUUUAUUAAACAUGGUCAAACCAAAAUUGCUUUUUGUUUCUGAUGGUUCUGAAGAGCUAAUUGAAGCUUGCGUUGAUGCAAUUGAAUUAAAAGCAAAGAUUAUAUCAGUUUCUUUAAAUUCUCACAAUGAAUAUGAUACUAUCGAAGAGAUAUUGGAAAAAACAACAAUUGAAGAAGAUUUUGAACCGUUUCUCGUUGAUGAUUUGAAUACAGUUUGCUCAAUUCUCUUUAGCAGUGGAACUACAGGACUUCCAAAAGGGAUUUGUUUGACUCACAACUAUAUAUUCUCAUCACUAUCAAUAUAUCCAACAGUCAUACUCAACUGGGUAAUAUUGAAUUAUGCCACCUUCUAUUGGGUUUCAUGCGUAUUUAACUUGCAAAUGUCAAUUCAAAUGGGUUGUGCACGAUUAUUAGUCAGACAAUUUAAAAAGGAGACUCACUGGUCCAUUUGUUCAAAAUAUAAUGUAGCCUACACGUUUUUAUCCAAUACGAUCUUCAUGGAAGCAGCUAAAUAUCUCCCAGAUCUAUCUGAACUACCUAGUUUGAAGCAGGUUGUUGUUGGAGGUGGAUUAGUCCCUGAAAAAUACUUAACCACUUAUUAUGAAAAGUUUCCAAGUAUUUACGUAGGAUAUGUGUACGCUUUGACAGAGAGUGGUCUUGUGGCAAGUUAUCAGGCCGGAGAUAAAUUUGGUUCAAAUGGUAAACCAGUUCCAAACAAUCUAACUAUAAAGAUUGUUGAUCCAAAUACCGAAGAAAAUCUCCCUUUGACUCAAACCGGCGAGAUUCGUGUGAAGCAAGCACACCAAAUGGCAGGUUAUUUCAAGAUGGACUCCAAGGACGCAUGGGACGCACAAGGAUUUCUAAAAACUGGCGAUUUGGGAUACUUAGAUAAUGAUUACAAUCUUUUCAUUGUGGAUCGUAUUAAAGAAAUGUUCAAGUAUCGCAGUUGGCAUAUCGUGCCAGCGAAGAUUGAGAAUGUGCUUAGUUCUCAUCCGGAUGUACUUUACGCUAUCGUCAUUGGCAAACCUACAUAUAACGAGGAUGAAAAUCACGCGAUGGCCAUCGUUUGUCUGCAUGAGAAAGCACAUGCUAGCGCCGCAGAGUUGGAAGCUUUUGUUAAUCAGCGAAUGGAUAAUUUAAAUCAAAUCCGUGCUGGUGUCAAAAUCAUUGACAGGCACGAAAUUGAGUUUACGCCUACAGGGAAAAUUAACCGAAGAUCUUUAAAAAGUAAAUUUAUUUCUUAAGUUUGCUUGUUUGUUGUUAUGAGAUUAUUUAUGUUAUAUGUACAUGCAAUGGAAAAAUAAAUAACUCAAGUUACUUUUCCACCUAGAAACAAA